GUUUUUAUUGGAUGGUCUGAAGGGAACGUAUCACUUAUGACGUCACCACGCACGCACUGUCCUUGAAGCCGUAACACAGUCAAGAUGGUUGCUUACUGGAGACAGGCAGGCCUCAGCUACAUUCGCUUCUCCAGCAUCUGCGCCAGCGCGGUGCGGGCUGCACUGAAGCCGCAGUUCAAAACCGAGGCAGUGAAGGCCGCAGAAGCCAGCGUCAAAGUCGCAAAACCCAAAACAGCAGCAUGAUGUGAUCCUGUGAUGUAGAUAAUCCUUUUCUAGAAGUAGUGAUGUCCUGAUGAUGUCCUUCUGUGGAUAAAAGUAAAGAUGGAUGACAUCCAGAUCGUCUGUGGAACUGACCAGGACCUGAAUGAAAUUGCUGUCAUUUUUCCCUUUCAUUUGUAAUUAAAGUCAUAUUAAUGGUGGAA